GUGAAGAAAUUCCUGAGUCUCCCAGCAGAGUGAGCCUUUCACCUUCAAAUGCAAGCCUGGUGCCUGCGGACAGCAUGCCUGAGAGAGCCUUCAAUCCUUUGCAGAAACGGUCUAAGAGUGACCCUGUGCUGCACUGCCGCUUUCUUCAAGGGGCAGUGCUCAGCUGUGAAGCUGCCACGCAGACUGAAGUAAAGCCACAACUCUGCACUGUCACCUUGUGGAAGAGUUUGAGAGCAAGAGCUUUGAGGCGAAGACCCCAAUCUUUGAUAGACUACAAGUCUUACACAGACACUAAACAGCUUGUGGCAUGGAUCCUAGAGCAGUCCUCUGGCAGCAUGAGUCCUGACAUACAUGAACUGGUGGAAAAUAUCAAGUCUGUUUUAAAAUCAGAUGAGAAACAUAUGGCAGAAGCUAUCACUAGUGCCACCUACCUUGAGCAGGUGAUGAUGCCUGCCCAGCAAGGCAUGUCAUUGAAUGCCCAUGUGUUACCUCUCAGACAACAUCCUGGAUUGCUGCACCUGGAGAGCUGUGGUGACCUGAGUACUUUCACCAUAUGUGAAGAUCAGCUAGCAGAAAGGAGGAUCCAGAGAGCAGGACAUGAACGGCCUCACAGUCUUAUUGGUGUUGUCAGGGAAACCGUACUUUGA